AUGGAAUUUUCAUGUGUAAUAUGUGCGGAAGUGCAGAGCUUAUCGGAAGUUCGUAAUCUGGUGGACAUUUCUACAAUAUUUUACAAACUAACAGCGUUGGAGGUUGCCAAACUGGACAAUAUUCACCAACUGCUAAAAGUUUGCAGUCAAUGUUAUGGAAAGUUUGUUGAUUUUGAUAGUUUUCGUACGCUUUGUUUGGUGGCAUACGAAAAGCUUACCCAGUUCCAAACAGAUUCGUUAAAGGUUUGCACGAAAGAGAUUGAAGAACUAGCAGAUCAUCCUGAAUGUGAAAAAGAAGAACAUCAUAUUUAUUCACCGGCUGAUAACGAAUUACUCGAGAAAGUAGUAGUUGUUGAAAUAGACUCCUCAAACUAUGAUACAUUGUUGGAACAUGAAUCGGACGUAAGCGAUGAUAGUGAUGAGGAGGACAGCACAACACUAGAUUCUACUGAUCCAACAGUUCCCUCGAUACGGAAUGAUACCAAAACUGCAGACAACGAAGAGAGCAAACAAAACCGGAGAGCAUUGAACUGCGAUCUGUGUGAUCGAAAGUUUCGCUCCCAGGAUCGUUUAGAGGGACACAUACGGGAACAUCAGGGGCUGAAGCCAGCGCUCUGCCAGAUUUGUGGAAAGUCUUUUACGGAUUGGAAAAAUCUGAAGCGGCACAAGGACGAAAAGCAUCUGCAACGCAACCAGGGCGUUUUCCGGUGUGAUUACGAAGGAUGCACUUCAUCGUUCUCCUCAAGCAAGGUCCUGAAUGCGCACAAGAAGAGGCACGAUCCGAACUAUGUUAAACCCGUACCGAAGCCAUGUAUCUGCGAAACGUGCGGUAUUACAUACUCGUCCAAAGGAGCGUUAAAGAAACAUUUGUACAUUCACACGGGCGGUAUGCCGUUUCAUUGUGAGAAAUGCAACAAAAGCUAUCCUACCGCGUACAAGCUGAAGGUGCACAUCAUGCGACAUCAGGGCAUCAAAAACUACGAAUGUUCGUACUGUGGGUUGAAAAAAACUACCGCCGACGAGCUGAAGCUACACAUGAACUAUCACACCAAGGAGAAAGUGUUCAACUGCCACUUUUGUGGACAAACUUUUUUAACCUCAGGCAAUUUUUCGAGACACGUAAAGCUCGUACAUCGUGGCGAAAAGGAGUUCAAGUGCACGUAUUGCGUACGAUCGUUCGGCAAGGCGGAAACGUUGAAAAAUCACGUCAUGACACACACCGGUGAAAAGCCGUACAAAUGUACGAUCUGCUCGAAACAGUUCAUACAAGCACAUUCGUUGCAAAUUCACAUCAAAACGCAUGAUAAGAAGGGAGGUAAAUCUAAAGAGACUACAAUUGGGACGGAGGUACAGUUUGUAGCGUCCUCUAAUGGUGGCGAAUAG